AAAUACACAGAGCAACAUUUCAAUGAUUUCAUUAUUGAUACGCUGUGGAGGUUUUAGUAUGAACACACUGCACAGCGAGUCACAAAUGUAAGAUGUGGAGGGUUGGAUCCAAUCACUUAGUUGGUCUAGUAUAGACGACAAUACCACUUAGCAGAACCUGAUGAGCACCUGAAUGAGGGUCUUGUAAUGCUGGACUGCAGUAGCUGUGUCAUUCUUUUGAAAAGAUCUCAAUACAUUCUGAGAUAUUAUGCUGUGCCAAAGAAUGACUCUCAAACUCUCAAACAAGAGUAGAAAUGCUUCAUGAGCAUUGCAAGAAAACUGUCCACCCACAGACAGACAAACUGGGGACAUCAUAGAGACCUAUUUGAGACUAGUAAAUUUUACAUCCAUAAUACACAUCUAGAGGCAUAAAUUGGUCAAGAUGUUUUCCGCUCUGAAGAAGCUCGUUGGUUCUGAGCCGGCUGGUCCAGUAAAGGACAAAAACAUCCCUGCUGGCCUGCAGUCAAUGAACCAGAGCCUGCAGAGAAGAUUUGCUAAAGGGGUUCAAUACAACAUGAAAAUAGUUAUUCGAGGAGAUAGAAACACUGGAAAAAGCACCCUGUGGCAUCGGCUGCAGGGUAAGAAGUUCCAGGAAGAGUACAUUCCCACUCAGGAGAUCCAGGUCACUAGUAUUCACUGGAAUUACAAAAAUUUACAUCAAGCUACUGAUGAUGUGGUGAAGGUAGAGGUUUGGGAUGUGGUUGAUAAAGGCCAAAAAAUCCCCCUUCCAGAAGGUGUAGGAAAGGGAAAAAAGAGAUGUGAAACCUUGAAGUUGGACAAUGAACCUCAAGAGCAAACUGAGAGUGAACUGGCCUUGGAUGCUGAGUUUUUGGACGUGUACAAAAACUGCAAUGGUGUGAUCUUGAUGUUUGACAUCACCAAGCAGUGGACUUAUAAUUACAUUUUGCGGGAGUUGCCCAAGGUUCCCACUCAUGUGCCAGUGUGUGUACUUGGAAAUUACCGGGACAUGGGAGAACACAGAGUCAUUUUGCCUGAUGACAUCCGUGACUUCAUUGCUGGCCUUAACAGACCCCUUGGUUCCUCUUACAUCCAUUAUGCAGAAUCUUCCAUGAAGAACGGUUUUGGUUUAAAAUAUUUGCACCGAUUUUUCAACAUUCCAUUCUUGCAGCUUCAGAGAGAGACCCUGUUACGACAGCUAGAGACUAAUCAGUUGGACAUUGAUGCCACGCUAGAGGAGCUAACAGUUCAGCAGGAGACAGAAGACCAGAAUUAUGAGAUUUUCCUGGAAAUUAAAGACUCUGGUAUUAAAGGCUACAGCUCUCCCGGCCCUGCUAACAGACAGAGCCCCUCCUCAGGCUCGCAGUCUCCCGUCGUUCCUCAGAGCGGAUGCUCCACUAGCAGCUCCAGCCCCUGUAGCCCCCAGCAGCCUCCCAUUCCCUCCCAGACCCUGAAGGCUCCAUCCCCCUCUCCAUCCCCUCCUCCUCCCCCUCUCUCCUCAACACAAGCGCCUGCGACCUCUCCCUCCCCUUCUCCUGCUCACCCUGGCCCGACGGUCUCUGCUCCAGCUCAGGCUUCUGCCUCUGCUACUCAAACCCAGAAACGCAGCUUCAUCUCCAGGCUAUUUGGCUCCGCUCCCACCCAGGAUCCUCCAGCAGUCGCCCAGGAGCCAGAUCCAGUAUCUGCAGCGGCUCCGCCUGCAGUUCAGAGCGUGGAUGAUUUUGUGCCAGACGACGGACUAGACAAAAGCUUCUUGGAGGACGGUGUCCCUUCUAACCCAAAACUGGCUAUGAACACCCAGCCCUCUGCUGCGGGCCCUGCAGAUAGUGACAGUGAUGGGGAAGGAAAAGAGGGGAACCCCAUGAUCGCUGGGUUCCAGGAUGAUUUGGACCCUGAUGAUGCAGAACUUGAACCCAGAGCUUCUAUCCCCACUAAAGACUUGGACAUCACUCUCUCCAGUGACGAGGAGGGUCCAAACCCUUCUGUAGCUCAGGAUGAAGAUCUGAACCCUGAACCUCACCUGGUGGCUAUGGAUUCAUUAUCACUGGAGGACAAACCAAAACCUAUCCACAAAGAGUCAUUGAUCCAGGCCCAGGAGAGUGUCAGCAGUCAGAACAUAGAGACUUCCAUUCUUAGUCCAGAACACAAUACACGACCACUGCAGACAGCGGAAGCAGAAGCCCUGGCAGAUCCCCAAGCACAGGUUGUAAAACAGAAAGAAAAAUCGGCUCAAGCAGAGUCCUCUGACACAGACCCAGAUGAGCCCGUGGCCAAACAGAUGCUUUCAUUUGUCAUGGAUGACCCUGACUUUGAGAGUGAGGAGGAAGUAAUACAGAAAGUAGAUAAGGAAUCUUUCCCAGUUAGAGAUGAUAUUCCUGAUCUGUCCGAUGAUGACAUCACCACAGCUAAAAUUCCUGAGCCCAUGAAACCUACUGUACUGUCCUUCAAAAGCAAGAAUGACGGUGACCUCUUUGGCCUAGGAAUCGAGGAAAAGUCAAUCAAAAGCAAAGACAGCAGCGAGGAACAAGAUGAAAAAGAAAGCAAACAUUCCAAGGAAAAGAAGAAAAAGAAAAAGAGGAGUAAAGAGGAUGAUGACAAAAGCAGCAAGAAGAAACACAAGCACAAGAAAAAGGAAAGAGAUGAGGCAGGUGUGACCGCAGAUGAAAAGGAGAAGAGAAAAAGAAAGUCACGAAGCAAGAAAACUGAUGAUCUUGAAGCUUUUCUGGCUGGAGAAGAAGACUCAGCAAAAAGAGAGGAGGGCGACUAUGAGGAACUGUAACACUCGCUCUCUGCUAAAGAAAUGUUUGUGCAUUGGUACCACAAGCUUGAAAAAGUUCUCGUCAGAAACCACAAAAACAAAUGCUUUCUUUAACAGCCCAACACAUGAUGAUGUAUUGAUCUGACUGACAGGUUACGAAACACUUCACACUGGUUUUCCAUUUGCUACAAACACUUGCCAAUCCACCUUCCAUCCCUGAAGAGGUUGGGAUGGCCGGCGUAGUUCACACUCUUUGGGCUCAAACGGCAAUAAGUGGAAAAGCCAUGGAAAAUUGUUACAACUUGCAUGUAAUUUGACCUUUGAUGUUUUUUUCGGAUUGAAAUGGACCCUUUUCACUCAUAACAUUGUGUUUUCUGAAUGUUUACAUGCUCGCUUUUAUAUGGUUGCAAUAUUUUUGUCAUCACAUAUGUGAACCACUACCACUCCAAUACAACGGUUUUCAUUGAUUUGAUUGCAUUAUUAGUUGCCUUGUAUAUGUGGAUGAAUUGGUAUUUAUGCUCGAUAGAUGUUCUGAGAGCUUGGCUUUGUGUAGUUUUGCUGUGCGUUUAGUGUUUGAAAUGAAUAUACUGUAUUUCAUGGUAGGAUUAUUUGGUUUUCCAAAAUAUAUCAAGAAAAAUAUUUUAGAAAUGUAAGAGAUUUUGGUCAAUAAAUGCACUCAUGAUAUGGGGGUAGUUACGAUAGCAGACAUAACUAUUCUCGCACUCUUUUAAUGCAGGAAAUGCCUUAAAGGAAACUACGGUUAAACUUUUAGUUUUUUUUUGGUUGUCAGUAAUUAAGCCAUUUUGCAUUUUUGCACUC